GCUCUCUCUGACUUCACUGGAGCGGCUCUACUGUACUCUCCCCUCAUUGGAGCGCGUCAACAUUAGCAUGGCUGUUGCCCACCGGAGUCAUGAUCAGUGCGGAGACUGAUCAUUGUUUUUCCAUCGCCAUGUCAGUCUUGCAGGGAAUUGCUCCAUUCUCCAGGGCUUCCUCUGGUAAAUAUGCGGGGUAAACAGCUAUUUCUCCGUGCUUGGACAAAAUUUUGAUAAGCCUCGGAGGCAAACUGGUGAUCCUUAGAUGAGUAUAAGUUUCAUCGUUCCCUUUUUGUUGCGUGUUGCAUUCGGUACCUGUUUCACACAGUCCUUGUAGCCAUGCGUCUCCAGGCUUUGUCUUUGCUUCCGUUGCUACUUCCGAGUGUGUUAGCAGCCCCUUGGCUAGCUCCCUUCUCCACAUUCACAAAUGUUACCGUUUUCGUCCCACCAUCCAAUUAUACGGACCCUCAAGUUCUCUACGCCCGUACUGUCGAGUUGGAAGGAGGAGUUCUUCUAGCAACGUGGGAGAACUACAGUCCUGAACCACCACCAGUAUACUUCCCAAUUUUCAAGAGCGUCAAUGGUGGAGAGACAUGGAAGGAGAUCUCAAAAGUUCAGGACCAAGUAAAUGGCUGGGGGCUUCGUUAUCAACCAUUCUUGUAUGAGUUGCCUACCAGAGUUGGAAAAUACCCUGCAGGAACGGUUCUACUCGCUGGAAACUCGAUCCCUACAGAUCUCAAUUUCACCAAGAUCGAUGUAUACGCUAGUUGUGACAAGGGCUAUACAUGGGAAUUUGUUUCUCAUGUUGCUUCUGGAGGAGCAGCCAUUCCAGAUAAUGGCAUUCCAGCUAUCUGGGAGCCUUUCUUAAUGUGGUACGAGGGGCAGAUGGUCAUCUACUACUCCGAUCAGCGAGAUCCAUUACACGGCCAGAAAUUGGUCCAUCAGACCUCGAAGGACCUCUUGACUUGGGAUGCUCCAGUCGACGACGUGGCAUACCCGACUUACACGGACCGCCCUGGAAUGACUACAGUCACGAAGCUACCCAAUGGAAAAUUCAUGAUGACUUAUGAAUAUGGUGGUGGACCAACAGUUGUUGCUGAUGGAUACGAAUUUCCAGUCUACUACCGCAUCAACGAGAACCCCCUGGACUUCAACAACUCAGUCGGGCUGCCCCUUGUCUCCAAUGAUGGAACUCAACCAAUAUCGUCGCCAUAUAUCACUUGGUCACCGAUUGGAGGCGUAAAUGGAACGAUCAUUGUCAGCUGUGGAUCACUGAUGCCUGUCUUCACAAACCAGGAUUUAGGAGCAGAGGGGUCUUGGAAGACAGUACCAACUCCGGAAGGUGUUUCGUAUACUAGGCAUCUGAGAGUCCUACAGAAUCCAGACCAUCUGCUCAUCAUGGGAGCUGGACACUUACCUCCCUCAACAACUAACAAGGUUACGGUUAGUGUUAUUGAUUUGGCAAAGAGUUUGGAAGCAGCUUAGUUAGGACUUAAUUGUAAACAGAUAGGGUGCUUAAUGUCUCUAGCAAAAACAUCUAGAUG